GGGAAAGAAAAGCAAAUGGGCAAAAGAGCAAAAGGCAGAGAGAGGAGAAGCAAUGAUUACUGAAAUGCACUGGGAACCACAAUUAAUUAUCUUUUUUUUUUUUUUUCUUCUUCAGUUUUUUUGACUUGGGGAGUUGGGGCCCCACACUCAGUCUCAGGCCACCACUGUCUUUAUGGAUCGAAUGAUAAAUAGCACCGCACGUGGAGUCUGAACCAAGCCACUGUCCAACCAUAAUAAACGCCUCUAAUUAAAUUGAUAAAACAAACAAGUAAAAUCCCCAUAAAUCUGGCAACAAUAUACUUUGAAUUUUCUUUCUUUUCUUUAAAUUUAAAAAAAACCAUUUCUUUUCUUUUCCUUUUUCUUUCUGUUGAUCUUGUUUGGUAACAAUAUUUUUCUUUCUUUUUUCUUUUUAAUAAAAAUGUAUCCCACCAUCAGCUCCAUAAUUCUCACUCAUUGUAUAUGUUGCUUAAAGCUUGCACCCUUUGGCCUCUUCUCCUAUCUCUCUCACCUCUUUGUGAGAAAACAAAUCAACUGAUCAGCUUGCCAUCCCUAAGGGAAGAAAUUCAAUUCUUCAUCUCUCUCUCUCUCUCUCUCUCUCUCUCUCUCUUAAUAACCCUAACAACGCCACCACCACAUAACAGAUAAGUUACUGAUAGAGAAAGAAAAGAAAAGAAAAGAAAGAAAUAGACCCACUUGGCCACCCAAGUGAGUGAAUUGAGGGUCACCUUAUUAUACAGAUAUACUACUAGUACUACAAACACAGCACAAAAGCAAUUAAAAAUUUUCUUUUUCCUUUUUUUUAAAUAUAAUCCAACUCUCCCCACAUCACAUGAUCAUGGAACCUGAAAAUGGGAUCCGCACCAGGCCUAAUUUCCCUCUUCAAUUACUAGAAAAGAAGCAAGAACAAGAACAAGAACAACAGCAGCAUCAACAGCAAUUACCUGAUCAUCAUCUUCUUCAGCAGCAGCAGCAACAGCAACAACUUAUCUCCUCUUCUUCUUCUUCCAAGAAACCUCCUCCUAAACGUACCUCCACCAAAGACCGUCACACUAAAGUGGAAGGCCGCGGCCGCCGGAUCCGUAUGCCUGCAACCUGUGCUGCUAGGGUUUUUCAACUCACACGUGAACUUGGCCACAAGUCUGACGGUGAAACCAUUGAAUGGUUAUUACAACAAGCUGAACCUUCUGUUAUUGCCGCCACCGGUACUGGUACUAUUCCCGCCAACUUCACUUCUCUUAACAUCUCACUCCGCAGCUCUGGUUCUUCCAUUUCAGCUUCUCAUCAUCUAAGGAACACUUAUUUCAAUCCCAACUUCGUUUCCCAUCAGCAGCACCUGCGCAAUAGAACCGACUGGGAAAGAAGCAUAAUCAUCGACGAAGCUACUUCUCAGCACCAAAGGAGGAUUCUUUUCCCUGAUGAUUCUUUAAGCUUUAGUUCUAUUAGUUCAAGUAAUAAUAAUGCAGGUGGGACUUUGAAUACCGGUGCUGGUGUUGUUUUACAAGGAGCUGCUACUACUUCUGCCGAUGUUAGUAAGCAAGAAGUACGCGAUACUAGUACUUGUUUACAAGUACCCCAUGGGGAUGUGGAGACUAGUAUAGGAAGAAAGCGAAGGUCUGAACACGAAUUGUUAUCUCAGAGUCAUUACCACCAGAUGGGAAGCUAUUUAUUGCAAUCUACUAGUUCUGGGACAAUUCCAACGACUCAUAGUCCGACUCCGGCAACAUUUUGGAUGGUGACUAAUCCUAAUAGUAAUCAAGUGAUUAGUGGUGACCCUGUGGUGACAUUUCCAUCAUUUAGUGCUAGUACUAAUAGUAUGUAUAGAGGUUCUAUGUCCAGUGGUUUGCGUUUUAUGAAUUUUCCUACUCCAAUGGCUCUUUUGCCUAGCCAACAAUUGGAUUCGCCAACUAGUGGUGGCGGCGGCGGUGGCGGCGCGGGCAGUGGUGGCAGUAGUAUUGUUACUGAUAGUCACUUAGGUAUGCUGGCCGCGUUCAAUGCAUAUAGGCCGAUUUUGGGCAGUGGCGCCCCAGAGUCUCCGGCAAGUGGGUCAAAUCCACACCAUGGAGGAAAGGAUGAGCAUGAUACAACUAGCUAGUCAGCAUGCGUAGAUAUGAAAAUGCAAGCUUAUGGUUUGAUCAAUUGCUUUACUUUUCUUUACUUACUAUAUAUUAAUUGCUUAAGUAUAUAUAUAUACAUAUGCAUUUUGAGAUAUAGGGCUGAAGUUUAAAUAUUGCUUUGAAAGUUGGGUUUAGUAUUCGAUUUUGGUGUGACUUUUAAUCAGAAAAAAAAAGUUAGGGUUUGAUGAAGGAAGUAUUAACAUGAUGAGUAAUUUGCCUCCAUUUUUUUGUUAAUAUGUGCCACUAAACAUUUCUUUCCUCAUUUCUUUACUCUUUCUUUUUUCUUUAAAUAAUUAUAAAAUGUUGGUUUGUUAGCAACUUUCACUAC